UUAAUAAGUUUUUAUCAAGGAGUUUAGCAAGCAUAUGUACAAUAUAAUCUGCCCAGAUGGGACAUUAGCAUCAGUUAUGGAACAAUCGACAUUUGCACAUGUAGCCAAUAAGGUAAGCCACCAUUCAACCAGUGAAGGUGGAACAGUAUACACAGGGGCGGACUGACCAUUUGGAAACUCAGGCACUGCCCGAGGGCCCGGGAUGCCCCUGGUACCUUUUUCAUAGGCUUUUUUUGAGUUUGGACAAGGACACAGGGGCCCCAUGAUCCCCUAUUGCCCAGGGG